AAGUCAAAAUAUGUAUAAUUCGAGCCAAGUUCGAACCGUUGCCAUAUUUUUUUUACAUAUUUUCUCAUAAGGAGGCAAAAAAAAAAAAUGUCAUAUUCGUCAUGAGUUUAGCUACAUUUCAAGCUGUAUGCUAGUUCACGCUGUUGCUUCCCUUUCUUCCCAAUUGCCGCUAUUUCUCAACACCAAAUUCAAAAAUGCCCUCAUCAAAAGCCCCUAGAAUCUUCCAUAGUCGUUCGUCUUCCCCAUUAUCUUUAACUCGAAAACCAUUUGUUCAGAUCUUCUGCUUAUUAGUUGGAAUCACUGGCUUAAUCUUUGGUUUAUUUGCAAUUUCAAGACCCCUAUAUGAUCCCAACUGUAAAUCAUUCGAACCCAGAACAGUUUCUGUUGUAUGGGAGCGACCAGAUGACAGUAAUACUGCCAUUUCAGAUGAUUCUUUAUUGAUUGGAGAUGUGAAAAAGAGGCAUAAAGUUAUGGGUUUUGUUGGGAUUUUUACUGGGUUUGGAUCUGUUGGCCGACGCCGUGCUUUACGCCAAACUUGGUUGCCUUCUGAUCGUGAUGGCCUUCAAAGACUGGAAGAAGCCACUGGCCUGACUUUCAGGUUUAUUAUUGGCAAGACUAGUGCUGAGUGGAAAAUGUCAGUGCUUAGAAAGGAGGUUGCUCAGCAUGAUGAUUUCAUUCUGUUAGAUAUAGUGGAAGAGUACAGUAAGCUCCCCUACAAAACGCUAGCAUUCUUCAAAGCUGCUUAUGCACUAUUCGAUUCCGAGUUCUAUGUAAAAGCAGAUGAUGACAUAUAUCUAAGGCCUGAUCGACUUUCACUUCUUCUUGCAAAAGAGCGGCCUGAUCACCCUCAGACCUAUAUUGGGUGCAUGAAAAAAGGGCCCGUUUUUACCAAUCCAAAGCUUAAAUGGUAUGAACCCAUGUCCUCUCUGCUCGGCUCAGAGUACUUUCUACAUGCAUAUGGUCCAAUUUAUUCCCUGUCAGCUAAAGUUGUCAGAAGCUUGGUUGCUCUAAGAAAUGACAGUUUCCGAAUGUUUAGCAAUGAAGAUGUCACGAUUGGCGCAUGGAUGCUUGCAAUGAAUGUCCAUCAUGAGAACAAUCUUGAAUUGUGCUCGAAAGAAUGUACUGAAACAUCCAUCGCUGUUUGGGACAUACCUAAAUGUUCAGGACUUUGCAAUCCUGAAACAAGAAUGGUGGAGCUACACAACAUGGAUGCGUGUUCGGGGAGCCCGACAACCAGUGAAUAGCAUCACUAUACGUUGCCAAAAAUCUGCUCACAUGAAGGUGCUUUGUGAUAUCUGUUAUCUGUAAUUCUAACAUGCAUUAUUAUGCAUAUCCCUUUGUAUUUUCUCCCAUGUUAUAUGAAAAUUUUUUAUCUUAGUAAUGUUAGUUAGAUUCAUAGAAGGUAGGCAUUUUCAAUACAUACAUGAUGGAGAGGUGUAGAUUUUGUGAAUCGGCUAUUGUUUAUAGUCCAUCGAUAACAUUUUGUUGUACAACUCCGAUCAUUAUAGCUGGACUACUGAUAUUGUAUGAAAAUCUACAAUUUACCCAAGUAAAGUACUAAUACGAAGCAAUUACUGCUUUCAACCUUUGAAAAUC